AUGUUCUGGUCUUCCAAAUCUUCAAUCUCGUCAAAUUACUCUUACUCGUCAUCUCCAACGUUUAGUGCUGAGCCAUGGAGCGUACACACCGGGAGACCCAAAAACAAUGCAGCUAAGUCAUCGGCAUCCAGGGUAUCGGUAUUCAUCUUUGAUAAGAAACAAUUUGAAAGCACGCUUCUUAGUACGGGUGCUAUCAGAUCCAAGACGUCAGCAAAGGACAAGAAAAUUAUUCAGAGUGCUUAUGAAUCCUUAAAAACGCAGGUCAACAAUUUGAUGAAGCUCAAACAUCCAAAUGUGUUGACCAUCAUAGAACCGCUCGAAGAACACAGCAAAAAUUUCAUUUUUGUGAGCGAGUACGUCAGUGGGUGUGUAGACUCGAUAUUUGGCUGCGAGUUGACUCAAGAGUUGGAUUUCAUGCGUAACGCUGCGGAUGCGGACAAAAUUGUCACUAAGCGGGGCAUAUUACAGAUUUGCCAAGCCCUGGAUUUUCUGCACAAUAGAGCAUCCUGUGUUUUACUAGAUUUGCAACCACGCUCCAUACUUAUCAAUGGAGACUCGGAUUGGCAAAUUUUUGGAUUGGGUCAUGUCAGUAAACUUCCACAAGGCACAAAUACGGGCGAAUAUUACGCGAAUUUCGAUGCCCAACUUCCAGCAUUCUUGCAUGUUCCACUCAACUACAGUGCGCCAGAAUUGAUUUUGGAAAAUACGCUUUCACCGAAAAAUGAUUAUUUUUCACUUGGGCUUCUAAUCUACUUUCUGUACACGAGCAAACAUCUGUUCAAUUGCCAGGACUAUGCAGAAGACUACAGACGUGAAUACAAGAAAUAUGAAAAUCAACUGAUGCGAUUAACAAUAGAUGGUAUUUUUUCCAAAGUCCCGGACACGCUUAGAUAUUCGCUAUCCAAGCUCAUGAACAGAGAUAUCUUCUCCAGGUUCGACGACAUCAAUGAACUGCUGGAAACCGAGUUCUUUCAAGACCCACUCCUUAAAACUCUCACUUUCUUAGAUGAUAUGCCAACUAAGAGUGAUCAAGAGAUAAGUGUAUUUUUAAAGGGUCUAUCGGAGCUACUGUCUCAAUUUCCAAGUGCUCUUCUUCAGAGGAAAUUUAUGCCGAUUUUGUUGAAUCUAUUAGAUCGAAUGUGUUCAACCAAAGGAUCUGUCUCCGAAAGUCUCGGAAGUUGUUUGGAUGUCAUAAUAAAGAUAGGCUCUGGAGUCUCGCAGCUCACUUUCCAUGAGGCGAUUUAUCCACAUCUGAUUGCAAAGGCAAAUUUCCCUAUCCUUUUAGCUUCCGCGACCGACUAUUUCAUAGAAAACCUUCAAAUUUUGAAGGACAAAACAAAACCAGAACCCUUUGCCGAAGAAAUUUUGAAGCCCCUUUGCACCUACACCCUAUCAACUUUAAAUGGUGAGUCCGCCGUCAAUACCCAGGAAGCUCUAAUUUCAAAGUUGAAAAUCUGCUUAGAUGCCUUAGACUACUCCACUGUUAAGCAAUUUCUGUUUCCCCUGCUUUCUCAACUCUUCAUGAAGACAACGAGUUCAUCUAUAAAGAGUUCCUGUAUCAAGAGCUUUGAAUUGCUCAUAGAUGAAAAGCUUGCUGAUAAAUUUACGUGUACUGAAAAUAUGCUCCCACUAUUCAAAUCUAUGAAGACACGCGAUCCUAGAAUUCUCAUGACAUGCCUUGGGCUUUUUCGAAAAUUCCCAACCCUAACUGAUGACGAGAACGUUCUCGUAGCCGAACUACUGCCAUUAUUAUGGGACUUUUCCCUUGCGAUGUCAUUACGACCUUCUCAAUAUGCAGAGUUUACCGAUGUCAUCAAUAAAAUAUCAUCAAAGGUGCAAAAAUCACACAUGGAAAAGGUCAAGGCCUCUAAUGGUCUCCGCACAGCGGCAGAAGAAGCGAGUUUUGCAAACGUAAUAGAGAAGCCUGUCAAGAAAAAAGAGGACUUGGAGACCUUGACAGCACACAGUAUCAGCGCGACUGUCAUGCAGCCCAAACCGCCAACCCGAGCUAGAAAUGUAAGCCGCGAAGACAAAUCUUUACGUGCUGAGAACCCGACAGUACGACCAGUGGUAGACAAAUUCGUGGCCCCACGGACAUCAGAACCGGUUUCAAAACCUCUAGUGCUAAUGAAAGGAGUUUCGCAGAAAAAUCAAGCCGAACCACUUAAGCCUACCAAGAGAACCAAUCAAAAUUCUUUAGGUUCGAGGCCGUCCGCAAUUCGUUCGCUACCAGCAGGAGGGCCUAAGACUACUAGGAAACCAGCGAUAGUGCACUCAGAUGACGAUUUUGACGAAUUCGUCUCGUCAACGCCGACACCACCACCAGCACCGGGAAAUACCACCCCAUCGGCAUCUCCGUCAAUGUCAUUUCCACCCGGUUUUUCCAUGGCAAUACAACCACAGGCUCGGAAACCAGCGAAUUCGAACUCUAGUCUUUUAUGA